AUGUUCGCCGCUAGACGUUCCGCUUCCACGACGCGGCAGCUUUUGCGCCAGACCCCUCGUCGGUUUGGCUCCCAUUCCGCCCACUCCGAGCCCGUGAACGAAAGCUUCGGCCGAAGCUUCUACGUGGUCAUUGGCACCAUUGCUGGCUCUUACGCCCUCUAUCGCGCCAGCGCUGCCAGCCAGGAAUCCGGCUCCGAGUCCUUCAUCUCCAGCCUGGUCAACAAGUUCAACACCCCUCAGGAAGUCCUGGAGCAGCGCAACGCUAUUCACACUGCCCUUCUUGAGAAGGCCGCCGAAGAUCGUCACCUUUUCCAGACCCAGACCGGCCCCGGCUACUAUGAGCUCAGACAGCCCGAGCUUCUGAACUCGUUCCCUCCCUACAAUGUCUCCCCCGGCACUCGCGCCGACCUCAGCGCUGUGACGGCUCACUAUCAGCGCCAGAACCAGGCAAUUGAACAGGCUCGUGAUGCGCGCAUGAAGGACGGCAAGUACCAGUCCGUCUACGAAUAA